AUGGCCGGACCUCAGCCAAUAGUCCACUCGGUCUAUGACCGCAAGACGCUCUCCUGGCAAUACGUGGUGGCAUGUCCAAAGACAAAAGAAGCAGUGAUCAUCGACCCAGUACUCGACUUUGAGCCUUCAACAUUCACAGCCAGCACCCAGUCCGCCGAUGGGUUAUUAGACAUCGUGCGCCGGAACGAAUACACCGUCUCGCGACUCCUGGAGACACACGCACACGCCGACCACCUCACAGCAUCCUACUAUAUCCAACAGAUGCUAUGGGUAGCAGGCCAACCACACGCCCCAAUCUGCAUCGGCGAAAACAUCACAAUCGUGCAAAACACCUUCGCGCACAAAUACAACAUCCCCAAGAAGGAGCUCGAAAACGCCUUCGACCACCUCUUCCGCCCCGACGAGCAGUUCCAGAUCGGCGACAUCACCGCCACAGCCCUCCACCUGCCAGGCCAUACCCCAGACCACGGCGGGUAUCAUAUUGGCGGGAACGUGUUCACCGGGGAUAGUCUAUUCAACCCGGACGUGGGCAGUUCGCGGUGCGAUUUCCCCGGGGGCGAUGCGCGCACGCUCUUCCGGUCCAUGAAACGUCUCCUGGCGCUGCCGUCCGAGACUCGGUUAUAUACUGGACAUGAUUAUCCGCCGUCGAAUGAGUCCAGUGGGCGGGACCCGUUGCCAUAUGUUACGGUGUGGGAUCAAAGACAGCAGAAUAAGCAUGUAAAGAAUGGGUCGACGGAGGAGGAUUUUGUCAGGUGGAGGAAUCGGCGCGAUCAGGUUCUUGAUGAGCCUAGAUUGAUGCAUCAGGCUAUGCAGGUUAAUGUUCGCGGUGGGAAGAUGCCUGGGAGGUCGCAUGAUGGGAAGGCGCUGUUUCAGUAUGUUGUUAAUGUUCCGAAGACGUUGUUGACGGGGUAG